CCUUUCCUCUGUCUCUCCUUUUCUCUUUCUUCAAAGUUCGUGCACAGAAAACAAUGAGAGGACUCUCCAGAAACUCCGGCACGGCGGCGAUUUUCGCGAUCUUUGUAAUCCUAGCCGUCCAGUACUGGUCCGUAGCCGCCGUCUCUCCUCAGUCCCUCGACUUCCCUCCGUUCGAGACAGAGUGCCGCGGCACCAUCGCUGAGUGCUCCGUCUCCGCCGCGCUUGAGGACGAAAGAGAUCUCUUCUACGGCGGAGGGAUGGGAGCUGAGUUCGAGAUGGACUCGGAGAUCAACCGGCGCAUGUUAGUCAACAGGAGGUACAUCAGCUACGGUGCGCUGAGGAGAAACACUGUUCCAUGCUCAAGACGCGGCGCGUCUUACUACAACUGCCGACGUGGCGCUCAGGCAAACCCUUACUCUCGCGGCUGCAGCGCCAUCACCCGAUGUCGGCGAUAAAUAUGUAAUUUGUAAUUUCCUCGGAGUUCCAUUUAUAUAUGAUUUGUCCGAAUUUUCGUAGUUCAUUGCUAUUUCAUACACAUUUUAUAAACUAUAUAUGUAAAUUUAUCUGGGAAUAAUCUGUAUUGUCGAUAUGUAAGAGUUUGUUACAUAAAAAAAAAAAAGAGUUUGAUACAUAAACCCGGAAAAUAAAAUAUGGAAUAAAUGAGAUAAUUACAUUGGAGUGAGUUUUUAGGUCUAGUGGUUUCUAUACAUCAUUUUAGCAUUAAAAAUGAGAUAAUUACAUUGUAAUCAAUAGUAUCAACCGUGAUAAAACGAAUGUGUUGAGCUAGAAAUAUAGUUAAUUGGAAUAUUGAUAGGCAGGUAAUGCGUAUUAUUUAAUGAAAUAUUGUAUUAUAUGCAACAUGCAUGUGCUAAAGAAAUAUUUAUGUAUAAAUAUUGAUGAAGAAUAAAAGGGACGAUUUUGAUAAAAAAUAAAAAAAUAAAAAAAAAUAAAAAAAUAAAAGGGACGAUAAUAUGAUUUGGUUGGGAGCCAGCUAAAGCCAGCUUCACUUGUAUCCCUUUCGGCAAAGCCGCAGAGUCACACACGUAACUUAUAAUAACUUUUGUUUUGUGCACACAUCAGAAAAUAAAUAUAGUUAAUCUAUUAUAGUCCAAAUAAAAUAUAUAAUGAAUUUACUAUUGUGAAAACUUGUUGUCACUUGUCACGAGAACUCCAACGUUUAAACACAUGAG